CGCCUCCGGUCACACUAUUUUCAAAACGUAAACAAUAAUUGAUUUUUCCUACAAAACAAAAGUUAUUGAAAAUGUCUGGAGUAGCUGCUAAAAAGAUUGCCGAAGCGGAGAAUCUAGUAAAGCAGGCCGAGAAGAGCUUGAAAUUGUCUAUGUUGAAAUGGGUACCUGAUUACGAUAGUGCUGCCGAUGAGUACUCCAAAGCGGCCACUGCAUAUCGAAUAGCCAAAAGCUAUGAUAAGAGCAAGGAAUGUUUUCUGAAGGCCAUCGACUGCUAUAAGAACAACAAAGCCUGGUUCCAUGCUGCAAAGGCUUACGAGCAGAUUAUUCUGCUGUCUAAAGAUGCUGACAAAUUGCACGAAGUUGAGGAGUACGCCAACAAGUCUGCUAAUUUGUAUCAGCAGCAUGGCUCUCCAGAAGCAGCGGCGUCCGCAUUGGAUAAGGCCGCAAAAUUAACUGAAUCCAAGCAUCCUGACAUGGCACUUAGAUUCUACCAACACGCUCUGGAAGUUAUAAUGAUUGAGGAUUCCGUCCGUCAAGCAGCUGAGUUUGCAUCGAAAGUUUCAAGAAUACUGGUGAAACUUAGGAGGUACGAAGAGGCCACAAACGCGCUCAAAAAAGAAAUAAGCCUCAAUCAGCAAACGGAAUCCUAUGGGCAAAUUGGGCGGCUAGUUGUAGCCUUGGUAAUGGUGCAAUUAGCACGCGGUGAUUCUGUGGAAGCCGAAAAGACGUUCAGAGAAUGGGGAAACUGCUGUGAGCCAGAAGAAGUGGCCACAUUGCAAACACUAUUGCAAGCCUUUGAUGACGAGGACCCAGAAUUAGCUGCCAGGAUGCUGGCAUCUCCAUUUAUCCGACACAUGGAUGUUGAGUAUGCAAUUCUAUCCAAAAACAUUCCAUUACCUCAAGGAAUACAGCUAGAGAAGAAAGCCGUGGAUAAUGCUGGAGUCGAAACCAAUGACGCCGAGGACGAAGGGGGUCUAUGCUAAAUACAUUAAAGUUUUUCGGUCUGCUUGUUAGUCAAAAUAUAUUUAUCGUUAAUAAUAACGCUUUUAAUAUUUAAA